AUGGCAUCGAUCCUGGCAACAGCGGCGCUGCAGCAGGGCACCUGCGUUGUGCCUGAAAGGGCACCCAGACAGCUAACUGCGGUUCUCUGGUCACCAACUAAAAGCGGUCGAAAGAAGCACAAUAAUAAUAUAAAUGUAUCCUUCAAUAUAGCUGCAUGGAAUGUACGAACUUUAUUGGACAAUGACAACAACCUCUGUCCCGAAAGAAAAACUGCACUCAUAGUACGUGAAUUGUCCCGCUAUAAUAUCGACAUAGCCGCGAUCAGUGAAACUCAUUUAGCAGACAGCGGUAAGCUCUGUGAGGAGAUGGGUGGAUACACAUAUUACUGGAUGGGUAAACCAGCAAGUGACAAAGCCGCAAGUGGCGUUGGAUUUGCGAUCAGGAACAGCAUCGCCAGGUCUCUUAUUGAGUCUCCUAAGGGCAUCAAUGAUAGACUUAUGUCUUUGCGACUCCAUAUAUCGCCUAGAAAACAUCUUCAUCUAGUGAGCGUGUAUGCACCCACCAUGACAACAUCUGAUGAGGAUAAGUACCAAUUUUAUGAGAAUCUGCGUGAAGUUUUGCAGAAAAUCCCAGCUUGUGACAAGGUAAUUUUGCUCGGUGACUUUAAUGCGCGUGUUGGUACAGAGUAUAUCGCCUGGAAGAAUGUAUUAGGGAAGCAUGGAGUCGGUAAGUGUAAUACCAAUGGCUUAGCGCUUCUUACUCUUUGCUCCGAAUUCGAUCUUAGCAUCACAAACACGUUCUUCAGGCUCCCUAACAAAUACAAGACAUCCUGGAUGCAUCCGCGCUCUGGGCAUUGGCACCUUCUUGACUACAUCAUUGUACGCAGGCAAGACCUAAGAGAUGUACUUAUUACAAGAGCAAUGCGUGGUGCCCAGGGAUGGACUGACCAUCGUCUCAUCAGAUCCAGGAUGCGGCUGAAUUACAAGCCUCCGCGCAGAGCAGAACACAAAGUUCCAGCCAGGCUGGCCUUUGCAAAACUGGUCCACGAUGAAGCGACGCAGGACAAACUUGAUGCGGAAUUUGAUGUUUUGAUGUCCAGCACUGACGACUCUACCUCAGUAAAUACCAAGUGGUGUGCAUACGCAAGGGCUUUGUACAGUGUUUCUCAGCAAGUGAUUGGUAAACCACAAAAGAAAAAUGAAGAUUGGUUUGAUGAUUCUGAUGUGGAAUUGCGACAGCUUGUUGAGAGUUUUCGUCUUGCUCUGCGGGGUGUCACUAGUGUGGGACAGCGCAGGUCUAUACAACAGGAUCUCAAGGUAAAGAUCCGAGAACUGAAGGACAGUUGGUGGCGCCGCAAGGCCGAAGACUUGCAGUUGCUAGCUGACACUAGUCAAACUGCAAAGUUCUUUGAAGGGCUGAAGUCCGUUUACGGACCACGCGCGAUAAAGACUGCCCCAGUCUACUCGUGA